UCUAAAAGCAGAGAUGGUAACCAUGACAACCAGAGCAAAACUCAGAGGAACCAACCUGGACCUGGAUCUGGAUCCAGCUGGAGGUCCAACAGGAGUGACAGAUCAAAGGAUUCGAAUCCUGACUUCAAGGACAUCCAUUCAGGACUGAAACAAGGUCAACAGGUCACACAGAGAGUCCAGUCUGCAGCCUGCAGCUGUGGAUCCAUGAAGAGUGACCGGUCCAAAGAUGAUCCUCCAGACUUCAGAACUGAACCAGGACCUUCAGACUCACAAGAGAUGAGGAGCAGACCCCAGUCUGCAGAAAGACCCAGAACUGCAGAUGUUGGUCUGCAGGAGAUGUUUGGAGAACAUCAGAUCAGUCUGAGGAGCAGAAGUGAACAUGUGGCUGAAGGAACUGAAGAAGCAGGAAGAGAAACGCUCCUCAACAGGGUCUACACUGAGCUCUACAUCACAGAGGGACUGAGACCAGAGGGUCACACCCAACAUGAGGUGAUGCAGCUGGAGACCACCACCAAGACCAACCAGCUCCAUGACACUGCAAUCAAGAACCCAGACAUCUUCAAAGUCCUCCCUGACCAACACAGAUCCAUCAGAGUGGUUCUGACCAGCGGAGUUGCUGGAGCUGGAAAAAGCUUCUCAGUGCAGAAGUUCACUCUGGACUGGGCCGAGGGCUUGGAGAACCAAGACAUCGGUGCUGUGGUUCCUCUGUCCUUCAGGGAGAUGAACUUGAUCAGAGAUGAGCAGCACAGUCUUCUCACUCUGAUCCAGCUGUUCCAUCCAACACUCCAGAAGAUCCCAGCAGAACAGCUGUCUGUCUGCAAACUUCUGUUCAUCUUUGAUGGUCUGGAUGAAAGCAGACUUUCUCUGGACUUCAACAACAGUCCGGUGGUGUCUGAUGUCACACACAAGUCCUCAGUCAACGUGCUGCUCACUAACCUCAUCCAGGGACGUCUGCUGCCCUCAGCUCUGGUCUGGAUCACUUCCAGACCUGCAGCAGCCAAUCAGAUCCCUCCUUCAUGUGUGGACAGACUGACAGAAGUACGAGGCUUCAAUGAUGAUCAGAAGGAGGAGUACUUCAGGAGGAGGUUCCCAGAUGAAGAGCUGUCCAGCAGAAUCAUCUCCCACAUCAAGGGCUCCAUGUCCCUCUACAUCAUGUGUGAAGUUCCAGUCUUCUGCUGGAUCACUGCUGUGGUUCUGGAGAACCUGCUGACCACAGAGCAGAGAGGAGAGCUGCCCACAACCCUGACUGACAUGUACUCCCACUUCCUGAUGGUCCAGACAAAGAGGAAGAAGAACAAGUACCAGCAGGAACAUCAGACAAGUCCACAAGAGCUGACAGAGACUGACAGGGAAGUUCUUCUGAAGCUGGGGAGGCUGGCAUUUGAACAUCUGGAGAAAGGAAACAUCAUGUUCUACCAAGAAGACCUGCAGCAGUGUGGUCUGGAUGUCACAGAGGCCUCAGUGUACUCUGGAGUUUGUACUGAGAUCUUCAGAAGAGAGUGUGAGAUCUUCCAGAAACCGGUCUACAGCUUUGUUCAUCUGAGCGUUCAGGAGUUUCUGGCUGCAGUCUACAUGUACCACUGUUACUCCAACAGGAAGGUAAAGGUCAUUGAGGACUUCCUGAAGAAGAACAUGGAGAACAAAUCCCUGGAUGAGUUUCUGAGUAGAGUCAUGAAGAAAUCCCAACAGAAUCAAACUGGACACCUGGAUCUGCUGGUUCGUUUCCUUCAUGGUCUCUCUGUGGAGUCCAACCAGAGACUCUUAGGAGGCCUGCUGGGUCAGACAGAGAAGAAUCCAGAAACCAUCCAGAGAGCCAUCAACAAUCUGAAGGAGAUCAACAGUGAAGGAGUCUCUCCUGACAGAAGCAUCAACAUCUAUCACUGUCUGAUGGAGAUGAAGGACCUUUCAGUUCAUCAGGAGAUCCAAGAGUUCCUGAAGUCAGAGAAUAAAUCAGAGAAGAAACUCUCAGAGAUCCACUGCUCAGCUCUGGCCUACACUCUGCAGAUGUCAGAGGAGGUUCGGGAUGAGCUGGACCUGGACCAGUACAAAACAUCAGAAGAGGGUAAACGGAGACUGAUCCCAGCUGUGAGGAACUGCAGAAAGUUCAGACUUUCAGGAUGUGGACUUUCAGAGACUCACUAUGAAAUUGUGGUCUCAGCUCUGAAGUCCAACCCGUCCCACCUGACAGAACUGGACCUGAGCAACAACAACCUGAAUGAUUCAUCAAUAAAGGUUCUGUGUUUUGGACUGGAGAGUCCAAACUGCAGACUGCAGACUCUGAGGUUGGAGGACUGCAGUUUGUCAAAGAUCAGCUGUGACGCUCUGGUCUCAGCUCUGAAGAAAAACCCAUCCAAUCUGACAGAACUGGACCUGAGCUGGAACAAGAACCUGCAGGAUUCAGGAUUUCUUCAUCUGUGUGAUUUUCUGGAGAGUCCAGACUGCAGACUGCAGACUCUGAGGUUGAUCUUCUGCAGUUUUUCAAAGACCAGCUGUGCUGCUCUGGUCUCAGCCCUGAAGUCCAACCCGUCCCACCUGACAUACCUGGACGUGAGCUUCAACAACCUUCAGUCUUCAGAUGUUCAGCAGCUCCAGGAUCUGGUGGAGAGUCCAAACUCCAAACUCCAGACUCUGAGGUGGAAAGCAGAGGGCCAGUAAGUCUGAUGUUCCUUCUGGAGGAACAGAGAGGAGCAGCAGCUGGUCUGCAGAGAUGUUGUGACUGGACGGUGUUCCUGGGAGGUGGAGAGCAGAGUGAUGGAGGAAUCAGAGGAAGUGGAGAAGAGUGUCAGAGCUGCAGCAGGAACUGAUUAAAGAUGUGAGCAUAAAAGCUCUGUUUAAGAUAAAAAAGCUUAAACUUUGAGACUAAAUGGAGACCGAAAGACUUUUUGUCUUAGUUUUCUGGUUUAACAUGGAUGACAGAAAUUCUAUUCAGUUGAUGUAAAAACCCUCAUCAGACAUGAAAACAACCGCUAUUCCUGCUGUUUCUGACCGUUUUCAUGGUCUGCAGGUCUCAAAUGUUGGACUGAACCAUUUCAUUAUAAACAUGUGUUGUUGUUUGUGUAUUCAUCCACAAACACAUGCUGUGAAGAGGAACCUGCAGUGAAGGCAGCCAUGUUGGAGCCUCACACAUGUUCUCAUUAGGAUCAAAUGAACCAGUGUGUUUGAGACUGAAAGAAAGACUGAAGGACAAAGAAAUAUGAAGAUUCAUUAAGGAUCAAAUCCAGACUUUAUUCAUGUCUUCAUACAAAAAAGCUGCAGGUAUUUUACAGACAGAAUUUUGGUUUUUCAACACUUUUCUGACAAGAAGAUGCAGUUCUACUCAUGUCUAAUACAAGUUCAAACUACAGACCUGAAUGAUUUUGUUUGGUUUUUGUUAUUGUGUCAUUAUGUCUGAAGAAAUCCGACCUAUAAUUACAGAAAAAACAUCAAAUAUGUUUUUAUGACUUUGAAAAUCAAUAAAA